GCUCACUCUGCAGCUGCUGUGUUGUAUUGCAGUCACACAGACCCAACCCUUCAAUCCUUCAACAUCAACUGUUGCACGUAAUUCAAGUUCAGUGGUCCAAUACAGUAACAGAAAAGUGAAAAAACCAGAAAUACCAGAACAGUCGAGGUUAUGUAAGGAAAUAUAUCUGAGUGGUGUCAGGAGGAGCUUAAUAGUGGGUGUGACUGUGGACUUGUGUCUAAAACCACUGUUGGCCGCAUCAGCACAGUAUCUCAUCAGGAUGAUCAGGACUCUUGAGAUGUCAACCCACACAGUCAGGAACAUGGCCUCCGAGCCGUUUGAGAAGCAGUUCCAUUGCUGCAUCUGUCUGGAUAUCUACACCGACCCCGUCUCCAUCCCAUGUGGACACAACUUCUGUCUGGACUGCAUCGAACACUUCUGGGAUACGAAGGACAAGUCGGAGUGUCCGCUGUGCAAAGAGACGUUUCGAGGCCGUCCAGACCUCAGGAUCAACCGGAACUUUGCUGAUAUUAUUGAAUUCUUUAAAAGGUCUCUGUCACCCACACUAAAGCAAGAGGAGGAUGUUGACGUUGCGGUGCGACUAGGAAGCGGGGAACAUUCCCCAAAACAACUUUCAAAGGCUGACGAUGUUCUUUGUGAUAUCUGUCACGAAAACAAGUUGACAGCGGCAAAGUCGUGCCUCGUCUGCCAGUUGUCUUACUGUGAAACUCACCUCACGUCUCACCUGAGGGAUCCAGCUCUGCAGAGACACCGGCUGACGGAUCCGGCUACCUUCGCCACCAGUCACCUUUGCAGAAAUCACAACAAGCCUCUGGAGAUGUUUUGCAAGACAGACCAGAUACCCGUGUGUGUGGAAUGCACAAAGAGGGACCACAAACAGCACAAGAUCGUUCCCAUGGAGAAGGAGAGCAAGAGGAUCAAGACUCAUUUGAGGCAGACAAAGUCCGACAUUCAACAGCUGGUCCAGGCCAGACUGAAAAAAGUGGAAGAAAUCAAACAUUCAAUGGAUCUAAGCAAAAAAAUCACAGAGAAAGAGAUUCAAAGCAGCGUUCAGGUCUGCAGCAUGCUGAUAAGCACCAUUCAGAGACACCAGGCCGGGCUUGUCGAGGAGCUCAAGCAGAAGCAGGAAGAAGCUGAGACGAGAGCUAAGGAGCUGCUCGAUGAGCUGGAGCAAGAAAUCAAUGACCUGCAGACGAGAAGCAGCGAGCUGCACCACCUGGAGCUCACCCAGAACCCUCUUCACCUCCUACAGAGCUUCCCAUCUCUAAGUAGACUCCCAUCUACCAGGGACUGGUCUGAGGUCCCAGUCCACUCAGAUAAUUGCAUGGGGACAGUGAGGAGAGGCAUAGCUAAGCUUGUGGACAUCAGCCAGGAGCUUGCAAACUCACUGUAUGCAGCAGAAGCAGACAAGAUGAAUCAAUACGCAGUCGAUGUCACUCUGGAUCCUGCGACUGCUUCAGGCUGGCUGGUAGUGUCUCCAGAUGGAAAAAGGGUGAGCAUCAGCUGCCAGAAGAAGAACGCUCCACUCCCAGACAAUCCUCAGCGGUUUGACUCCUGUGUUUGUGUCCUGGGGAAACAAAGCUUUGCAUCUGGAAGACGCUACUGGGUAGUUCAGGUUGAUGAUAAAACAGACUGGGAUCUCGGCGUUGCCAGAGACUCUAUAAACAGGAAGGGGGCCAUCAAGGUGCGUCCCGACAGUGGUUACUGGGUAAUCUGCCGACGGAAAGGCGGUAGCCUGAGUGCCUGCACCAGCCCCUCCAUCACCCUCCACCUCAAAGAAACCCCACAGAAAGUGGGCGUCUUCCUGGACUAUGAGGAAGGUGUGGUCUCCUUCUUUGAUGUAGAAGCAAAGACUCACAUUUAUACGUACAGCGGGUGCACCUUCACUGAAUCUCUCCACCCAUACUUUAAUCCCUGUGUUCAAGACAACGGCAAGAACACCGCCCCAUUAGUGAUCUGUCCUGUUGAGGUAGGGGUCAGAGAACGACAGGAUGUACUCAUUGAGGCAGCUGUAUGAUGUGUCAAAAGAGACAAACCAAUGUUCAAAAAAGCAGAUAUCUAAGUUCUUGUUCAAUAACAUUUUUUGACCAUUUUGGUUGAGCCACCUUUUUUUUUUUACAUUUAUUGUAUAAUAGUAUUUGACCAACAUUGACCUGCAACAGGCCGAAAUUUACGCUCUGUGGAAGACAUGAGGCACAUGUUUUCACUGCCUACAACAUGGCAGUAAGACAACAUGAAUUCAUACCCAUAUGACUGGGUGUGAGCCUGCUCAUUUCUGAGCAGUAAUUAUGUUAUAAAACAAUAUGACAGUUGGUGAAUGCCUUUGUUUUUAUGGAUCUUUGUUAGUGUUUUAACUAUACCCUGACCUACAUCAGAUGAUGGUUUCUUAUUGUGUAAAAACUGGUUUUCAGAUCAAACAAUUAAAACAGUACACACCU